ACCUCUCACUUUCAGUGCCGUUGGUGCCUCGAAGGGGGACACACGGAUGGUUUGAGCCGCUCGUAACAAACCAGCAUAUCACGAACAUCCCUGAGUGCUGUAAAGGGCAACUGUGCUUCGGAAAAUAAUCUGUUUUUGGACGCUGCAAGGAAAACAGGAACUGAAAACGACGAACACAAGUAGCUUAUACAUCAAGACCUGAAAGAUGGAGAAGUGCACCGCCUGGAUCGUUUUCUCCAUCUUCUGGCUCGGCUCGCCUUCGCUCUGCGCCGGAGAUGACCGGCUUCCGGAUUUGGAAAUUAGAUCAUCCCCAUGCAAAAGUACGUCGCGGAAGUGCGCAAAGGCAGGCGGAAACUGCUACGACAUCAACUUGCCAAUGCCAAUUUGUGAUUUCUUGAACGGAAGGCUAUGUCCCUUUCGCCCCUGCAAAUGUUGUAUUGAAUGUGAGAAUCAAUCGAACUUUAAAUGCACCAAGUAUUACGGAGGUUCUUGCAAAAAGAGAUGCGACAUCGACGAAUACACGUUCAGCUGCAACUACGGGUGCAAGUGCUGCGGCUGCAAGACGGAGGGCAAGUGCGCGGCGGUGGGCGGCAAGUGCCAGCCAACCAACUACAAGUGCCCCGGGGGAACAUCUGUCCCCUCGUGGUGCAAGGGGACCAGGUGCACGUGUUGCAUUCCCCCCGCCGACCCGUGCCCCGACCCCCAAGACAAGUGCCACGACCACUGUGGCUACUGCGACCAACAGUGCCAGCCGGACGAGACACCUUUGCUUGGGCUGUGCGAGAGGGAGAACUGCUACUGCUGCGUCAAAGAACCGUGUCCUGAUCUGAAUAUGCAGUGCAACGCCGCGGGUGGAUACUGCAACCACGAUUGCAAGUCUGACGAACUGGCUCUGUCGGGGCUCUGCAAAUACGACAACUGCUCCUGCUGUGCUAAAGAUCCGUGCCCAGAUCUGAACAUGCAGUGCAACGCCACUGGUGGAUACUGCAACGACAGGUGCAAGUCUGACGAAGUGGCUCUGUCGGGGCUCUGUAGAUACGACAACUGCUCCUGCUGUGUCAAGGAUCCAUGUCCAGAUCUGAACAUGCAGUGCAACGCCACCGGUGGAUACUGCAACAACAGGUGCCAGUCUGACGAAGUGGCCCUGUCGGGGCUCUGCCGAUACGACAACUGCUCCUGCUGUGUCAAGGAUCCGUGUCCAGAUCUGAACAUGCAGUGCAACGCCACUGGUGGACAUUGCAGCCACGAGUGCAAGUCUGACGAACUGGCUCUGUCGGGGCUCUGCACUUAUGACAACUGCUCCUGCUGUGUCAAGGAUCCAUGUCCAGAUCUAAACAUGCAGUGCAACGCCACCGGUGGAUACUGCAACGACAGGUGCAAGUCUGACGAAGUGGCCCUGUCUGGGCUCUGCAGAUACGACAACUGCUCCUGCUGUGUCAAGGAUACAGAACCUUGUCCAGAUUUAGAGCAACAGUGUCUCUCCAGACAUGGAUACUGUAACCAUACGUGCCUGCCUGACGAAGUGGCUCUGCCAGGGUUCUGCAAAUACGACAACUGCUCCUGCUGUGUCAAGGCAACAACAUCUCCGUGUCCUGAUCUGAAUAUGCAAUGCAACACUACUGGUGGAUACUGUCACCACGAGUGCAAGUCUGACGAAGUGGCUGUGGCGGGGCUCUGUGCAUCCGAAAACUGCUCCUGCUGUGUCAAGGAUACAGAACCUUGUCCAGAUUUGGAGCAACAGUGUGCCUCCAGACACGGAUACUGUAACCCUAAGUGCAUGUCUGACGAAGAAGCUCUAUCGGGGCUCUGCAAAUACGACAACUGCUCCUGCUGCGUCAAGGCAUCAACAGAUCCCUGUCCGGAUCUGAACAUGCAAUGCAACACUACCGGUGGAUACUGUAAUCACGAGUGCAAGUCUGGCGAAGUGGCUGUGGCGGGGCUCUGCGCAUUCGAAAACUGCUCCUGCUGCGUUAAGGAUACAGAACCUUGUCCAGAUUUGGAGCAACAGUGUACCUCCAGACACGGAUACUGUAACCCUAAGUGCAUGUCUGACGAAGAAGCUCUAUCGGGGCUCUGCAAAUACGACAACUGCUCCUGCUGCGUUAAAGCGUCAGCAGAUCCCUGUCCAGAUCUGAACAUGCAGUGCAACACUACUGGAGGUUACUGUCAACACGAAUGCAAGUCUGACGAAGUGGCUGAGGCAGGGCUCUGCGCAUUCGAAAACUGCUCCUGUUGUGUCAAGGAUACAGAACCUUGUCCAGAUUUGGAGCAACAGUGUGCCUCCAGACACGGAUACUGUAACCCUAAGUGCAUGUCUGACGAAGAGGCUCUAUCGGGGCUCUGCAAAUACGACAACUGCUCCUGCUGCGUCAAGGCGUCAGCAGAUCCCUGUCCAGAUCUGAUCAUGCAGUGCAACACUACUGGUGGUUACUGUCAACACGAGUGCAAGACUGACGAAGUGGCUGUUGCAGGGCUCUGCGCAUUUGAAAACUGCUCCUGUUGUGUCAAGGCAUCAACAGAUCCCUGUCCGGAUCUGAACAUGCAAUGCAACACUACCGGUGGAUACUGUAAUCACGAGUGCAAGUCUGGCGAAGUGGCUGUGGCGGGGCUCUGCGCAUUCGAAAACUGCUCCUGCUGCGUUAAGGAUACAGAACCUUGUCCAGAUUUGGAGCAACAGUGUGCCUCCAGACACGGAUACUGUAACCCUAAGUGCAUGUCUGACGAAGAAGCUCUAUCGGGGCUCUGCAAAUACGACAACUGCUCCUGCUGCGUCAAGGUUCCAGGGACUGAUUGCAAGCAGACUUCCGAGUGCCAAAUGGCGGACGGUCACUGCGACAGGACUUGCGUGGCAGGAGAAACACCGGUUAAUAACAUUUGCCUCGAGGGCUGUACUUGCUGUACCGAAGGCACCUGUCCAGAGACCCAGAACUGCCGCGACAGAAAUGGAUUCUGCAGACCAAUAUGUGCGAGCGCAGAGACCUCAAUUAGCGGGAUCUGUGACACCGAUUUCUGCUUCUGCUGCGUUCCAGGUCUUCCAAACCCAUAAGAUUGGAACAAGAUGUCAAAACAGCAUUGCCGGAAAAUCUUUUGAAUGUUAGCUUUUAGGUAAUGUAUUUGGGAAAUUAGCUAUUCACUAUAUUGGCGUUGAGUUUAAUAAAGAUUUGCAAAUUGU